GGGCUGAGCCUGCGAUUGUUUUUGAUGUUAUGUUGUCGUUAGCGGUUUAGCUGGUUGUUAUGAACGUGAAAAAAAUAUUUUCAAAAUGAAAACAUAUAAACAUCUUAAAUAAUUAUCAUAAACAGCAGAGUAUACUAAAUAAAAAAGAGUAGUACAUCAGGAUUCCCCCGUGUUCUCUGAAGUAAACACUGCACUAGCAUGGCUGUUGGAGGAUAAGUGUGAAAUUUGCAACAUUCGGGAAAAGUACAAGCAGUUAUCAGGAUUACUAACCGUUUAUCUAUUAUACAUUUUACGUGAGUUGAAGGUAUAAAGGUGUUAAAGAUUAGAAUUUCGUUUUUUUUUCGAAGCACAUAAGCAGAUUCACCUUCAAAAUGAGUAACAUAUAUAUCCAGGAACCUCCAACAAGUGGAAAGGUGCUGAUGAAGACCUCAGCAGGGGAAAUUGACAUCGAGCUGUGGUCCAAGGAGACUCCUAAAGCAUGCAGGAACUUUGUGCAGCUGUGCAUGGAAGGUUACUAUGAUGGCACCAUUUUUCACAGAGUGGUGCGGGAUUUCAUCAUCCAGGGGGGCGAUCCAACAGGAACAGGAACGGGUGGAGAGUCCAUCUACGGACGCCCUUUCAAGGAUGAGUUUCACACCAGACUGCGCUUCCUUCGGAGGGGGUUGGUUGCCAUGGCAAACGCUGGACCACAUGACAAUGGUAGUCAGUUUUUUUUCACCCUGGGACGUGCAGACGAGCUCAAUAAUAAGCACACAAUAUUUGGCAAGGUCACCGGAGACACAAUUUAUAACAUGCUCAGAUUAGCAGAAGUUGAAUGUGAUGCUGACGAAAGGCCUCUGAAUCCCCACAAGAUAAGAACCACCGAGGUGCUACACUCUCCUUUUGAUGACAUCGUACCUCGUGAAACAAAAAAAGGAAAAAAGGAUAAAGACAAAGAGGAGGCAAAGAAAUCCCAGUCAAAGGCCACAAAGAACUUCAGUCUGUUAUCAUUUGGAGAAGAAGCUGAAGAAGAGGAGGAGAUGGUGACUCAAGUUAGUCAGACAUUUAAAGGAAAAAGCAAAAGCAGCCACGACCUUCUGAAGGACGAUCCCAGACUGAGCUCAGUUCCAGCUGUUGAUAAAGACAAAGAGAAGGGGGCAUCUGGAAACGACAGUGAUUCAGACAACGAGGCAUAUGAUGAUGAGGAUGACGCAUGUGCAGAUGAAGAGCAUGAUCCAGAAAGGAAGAAGAAGAUAAGAGAACUGGUCAGUAAAAAGCUCAAGAAAGAAAAAGGAGCCGAGAGCUCAGCUGAGCCCAGAGAGGAGGAGCCUGGGAAGAAAACCAGUCGCAGUGAUGAAUUAAGGAAGGAGGUCCGGCAGCUAAAAAAGGAGCUUCAGGCCAUAAAGCAAAGGAAAGAUGAAAGUUCAAAGCCUGCUGCAGAUGAAGUCAAGGAGGAGAAAAAGCCGUCCAGUGAGGCUGUUGCUGAAUACCUGGAGGAAAGAAAGAAGUAUGAAGAUCUGAGGAAAGAAAAACGUAAAAGAAGCAAUAACAGAGAAGAGCAGACUCUGGCUCUGCUUAAUAACUUCAAGUCCAAGCUGUCAUCUGCCAUCACAGAGGGUCCAGAGGAGGAGGAGGACGUGGAGGAGCUGGCUGAGGACGAUGACAGAGGAUGGAUGGCCCAUGUUCUGCAGUUUGAUGAGCAAAGCAGAAAAGUCAAGGAUGCCAACAUGCAGGAUGAAGACACGUUUGAGAUCUACGAUCCGCGCAACCCCGUCAACAAACGAAGGAGAGAGGAGAGCAAGAAGAUCAUGAAGGAGAAGAAGGCCAAAAGGUGAAGAUCUGAGGUUAAAGUUCAGCUUCUGUCUACCCUGUGGGACUAAAAACUGAUUAUGCAGCAUCCUGACUCUCUGCUUUCCCAUCAGAGUCCGUUGUUGAGCAGUUUCCUGACAUCUGAGCUUAUCUGUGAUGGAAGAGCUGUGAUAGAUAACUCUGUUACUCGUCAUGCUUAAUGUUGUAAAGCUUCAGGACUACAUGUCAUUUCAGGGUUUUGUUUGGGUUGUUUUAUUGUGGGGGGGGGGGUAUGGUGGUACUGUGUAGACUUUUCUACAAAAGAACCCAUGUCCAAUAUUAACUGCAUAACUGUCUAAUAAAGUUAAUAUUUCUAAAUUUGAAA